CGCAGCCGGGCGCGUCGGCGGCGCCGGCGUCCUGGCGGCCGAGUCUCCAAGGACCAGCUGAGCGUGACCGUGACCUCUAGACGCCUGAGGUUGCGAGUUCGGCCCCCGCAAAAGUGCAGCACGCCUUGCGGCCCGCUCCGACCGCCGCCCUUCCCCAGCAGCACCCCGGUCCACCUCGGCCGGGACCUCAGCGUCUGCAGCCAGCCCAAGGACGACGACGAGCUGGGCACCAGUGCCUCCCUGUUCAGCCUUCUGGCCUCGCCUGGCCCCGGGCCACUGGCGCCAAGGAACAGCAUCAUCUCCACCGGCCCCUCCAUCUCUCUGGAUGAUGCCCCGACUGGCUCCCACUUGCCCGCCGCUUCCCUGGACCAAGCAUCUGCCCCCUGUUCCCCGGCGGCAGCAACAGGAGGAGGUAGGUUAACCAGAAUGGUCCACCAAGCCCGUGCUGGCCUCAGUUCAGCUCUUGCUAGCCUUAUGGACUCAGGAAACCCUGAGAAGUCUGAGUUUGGGACAGAUGGAAAGACUGUGAGGGAGCCCUGCUGUGAAAGGGAAGUGGUGGUUAACAGACAGGAGGGCCUGGGUAAGAGGAGGACUGCAGGCAAGGACUCUUGUCAGAAGAGUGGGCCUGGAGGGGCUAACCCCAUAAAAUGUGAGGAGGACAAUGGUUGCAAUGGCUGUAUUGUAUCCGGGGAAAUCAACAGACCUGAGAGAACUAGGCCAAGCCGCAAAAGGAAGCAUCAAGAGGCCAUGGAAACCUCUCUCCUGCAUUUCCAGCAGUUUAAAAAGGGCCAAAAGAUGGUGAAAGAUUCAGUCGUCAACCAAGAUCUGACUUGUUUACAAAAUGUCCGCUCAUGGACCAAAACCAGGGCCUCCUUCAGUUUCCACAAGAAGAAAGUUGUGACUGAUGUGUCAGAGGUGUGCAGCAGUUCUCUCUCUGGAUCCUUCCUAUCAGAAUAUUCAAACCUUUCUGUCAUAAACAGAACAAACGGUACUCUGUCCCCUCGGCACUCCUCUUCUAUGUAUUUAUUAAGCCCCUUAAAGACUCUACACAUUGCCGACAAAAGGGCAUCUGAUGCUGAGAAGGUUUAUGGGGAAUGCAAUCAGGAAGGUCCUGUCCCCUUUAGCUAUUGCUUUCCCACGGAAAGACUGGAACACUGUGAGAAGAUUGGGGAAGGGGUGUUUGGUGAAGUCUUUCAAACGAUUUCUAAUCACACACCAGUAGCCCUAAAGAUCAUUGCUAUUGAAGGACGAGAUUUAGUUAAUGGAUCCCAUCAGAAAACCUUUGAGGAAAUCCUACCAGAGAUCAUCAUCUCCAAGGAGCUAAGCCUCUUAUCUGAUGAGGUGUGCAACUGCACACAAGGCUUUAUCGGGCUGAACUCAGUGCACUGUGUUCAAGGAUCUUACCCUCCCUUGCUCCUCAAAGCCUGGGAUCACUAUAACUCAAUCAAAGGGUCUGAAAAUGACCGUCCUGAUUUUUUUAAGGAAGAUCAGCUCUUCGUUGUGCUGGAAUUUGAGUUUGGAGGGAUUGACUUAGAGCAGAUGAAAACAAAGUUGUCCUCCAUGGCUACUGCAAAGAGCAUUCUACACCAGAUCACAGCAUCUCUUGCAGUGGCAGAGGCAUCACUGCACUUCGAACACCGAGACUUACACUGGGGGAAUGUGCUACUAAAGAAAACCAACCUCAAAGAGCUCCACUACACCCUCAAUGGGCAGACCAGCACCAUCCCCACCUGUGGGCUGCAAGUCAACAUCAUUGACUAUACCCUGUCACGAUUGGAGCGAGAUGGGAUUGUGAUUUUUUGUGACAUUUCCAAGGAUGAGGACCUGUUUAAAGGUGAAGGUGACUACCAGUUUGAGAUUUAUAGGCUGAUGAGGAAGGAGAACAACAACUGCUGGGGUGAAUAUCACCCUUAUAAUAAUGUGCUUUGGUUACAUUACCUCACUGAUAAGAUUCUGAAACAAAUGACAUUCAAGACUAAAUGUAAUACCCCUGCCAUGAAGCAACUGAAGAAAAAGAUUCAGUAUUUCUAUAGGACGAUGCUGAAUUUCAGCUCUGCCACCGACCUGCUCUGCCAGCAUAGUCUAUUUAAGUAAGCCAGUUGGGUAUUCCAAACUGAGAGGGCAGUGGUUUUGAAGCCUCUGUUGGUGUUUUCAGUCUCCAUCCCCAGAGCAGAGUGGAGUUUCCAUUCUUACAUGUUUCCAAUCAACUUUUCAAACAAGAAUUUUGUUUCCAAAUGGAAACUAAAAUAUUCAUUGAAAUGUUUAAACUUGCUG